CACAGGAAAGGCUGGUCGCUCUCGCCUGCGAUGACUUGAUCUGUAGGCAAGGUUAUAUAAUGCUGUCCUCCUAUUGGAUAAAGUUUACCCACCAUCUGUUAUUGACAUCUCUUUGUUGAUGUGUUUUAUGCAUCAAGUAUGUAAUUACUACAGAAUAUGAUAAUCUAGUCRAGCUAUUUGCUUUGUGCUACAGAAAGCUUCACGCAAGACAGAGUAAAAGAUCCCUCCUUGUAUCAUCUCUGGCAGUGAUCUUCUCAAUCUAGGGACUUGAUUUUGACAGCAUUUACUCAAGCAUCUCAACCACUCAGUCUGUCUGUCACCGUUCGUGAUCAAUAUUACACUUGGGACAGAACCUUCAAAUCAGACCCCAUCACUGGUGUUCACUGCCCUUGGGCGUUCUAUUCCGCCAAUACACUAUCUUGUACGUCAUAUCAUUUACAAAGAGUUGUGUCAAAUAUAACUGGGUUUGUAACAUCACGAGAGAUAGACAAGCGAAUGCUCUGCAGUUCUGUUGUUCGCGUGAUUGUAAUAGUCGAAAUUCUACAACCGGCUGUUGUCUUAUAAUUAUUAGAAUGUUACGACUGAGGUGUUGAAAGCUCCAUGCGAAAAUAGAGUGUUGUUUAUCGCCCGUAACUCGAACACAUUGAAUCCUAACAACUGUCUUGGCACUAGACAUGUUGUGUGAAGAAAAUUGCCUCCAUUGAUCCAUAGUCGAGCAUCGUCUAUAAACGAAAAGGAAAGUUUGUGUGGGAGUUUGGCGUCUUCGAAACGAGUUUGUUGCCAGAUUCUUUUAGAUGCAAAGCUGCAUGACUGUAUAGAUUACCACUGACUGAGUAUCACAUCUGGCAACAGUCAGCUUAYAUAUCUUUCGGGUUUCUCUCGUAGUAAAGGAUGCCUUGAGAUUACAAAUUUGUUUAUGCUUCAGUAAAGAUCAAAGUCUUGGCUGCAAUUAAUCAAGCAUACGAUCAAAACACCGUAAACCAAGAACCGCAAGAAGCUGAUUUUAAUCAAGUAUUGUUCUGCUAAUGGGACCCCAAGACGUUACUACAAGAUUGUAAAAGCUUCURCAAACAUUCAGUCUGGUCCGAUCCUGCGACCUCUAUAAAAAGUCCCAAAGCUUUUAAAUAAGAUAAAAAAAUCGUGAGUGGCAGACAAGGGUUCUUGAAAGUAUGCAGCCGUGGAACGAAGAUGCCUUUGUAAACAAGCUUUUUCCGAAAGAGCGACAAAAUGACAUUAACACAUCGUGUUCUACUCGGUAUGUUUACGAGUCCAACGAGAUUAGGAUAACUCGAUUAGCAGCACAAUCAUUCUUGGUUUUCGCUGGAGUCUUGUUCAACAUCAUCAUCUGUGUACUCAACUUGAAACACUCGAAUAUCAACGCUGCCAUCAGAGUUUACCUUCGAAACAUGGCUGUUGCAGACAUUGGGGURCUCUUGAUUGGUUUCCUCUUCGCUGUUGCUAAAGAACAAGAGGGAACUAGUAAGUGGGUACUAGGAGGUGUAGCGUGCAGGUAUAUUUACCCUGUAACGGACAUGUUCUAUGCUGUUACAGUAUGGACCGUUGUCGCAAUUGCCGUAGAGAGAUGUCACAUCAUGAAGGGAGACAGUGGUAGUUGGAAUAGUGGACCCUCUCGUGGACUACGCACUGUACUCAUAUURUGGUUUACAGCUUUCUUUGCUAUCUCUGUCCCGUUAUUUUUUGCCAGUAAUUAUAAAUCAUCUUGUGGACGAAGAUACUGCUUCAUUCGUUGGCCAACUGCAAGUGACGGAAACAACAUUCCUCCCAAAAUUCAUUCACUUUUCCUUCUUUUCGUUAUAGUUAUUUUACCCGUAGUUGUAAUUUUGGUGUCAUGCUGUAGACUAGCGUUUGGGUAUAGGCAUUCAUCAGGGGUGUGUAAUCCAGAUCGCGACAGCAUGCGUCAAAGAUUACGAUCAGAUAACAGUGAAAACAGUGAACAAGACGAAGUAAGACACCACGAAUGCGACGAUGCCAAGCGUUUUCUCACCCCUUUGGUUAUUCUACUCGUCAUUUCCACAAUUCCUAUGCUAGUCUUGCGAACAAUCUUUAUUUUUAGUUCCCAAAAGCUGACGCUAGAGAACUAUCUUGUUCUAUUAAACAUUUCUAUCAUGUUGACUGUAUGUAAUUCUGCAGUCAGACCAUUCGUCUAUUAUGUGGUCAGUCAAGAUGUCAGGGAUGGGUUUUCAUUACUGGUGAAUAGGGUUAAACGAAGGUUACGAAUGUGCUGUAGGAAACAYGAUGAGACGACUAUACCACUACAAGAUAAUGUCGCAAUAACUCGACACUCUUGUUAUAAAGAAACUACGCUAUAAAGUCCCGAUAGUGUCACGAGUAUGUAUUCCCAUUCAUUGCUGACGAUAAUCCGACAACUAUACCUACAAGAUAAUGUCACAAUAACUCGACACUCAAGUUAUAAAGAAACUACAUUAUGAAGUCCCGAAAGUGUCACGAGUGUGCUCCGAUUAUUCAAAUCCGACCAAAGUCGACAGUCCAUGUAAUUCAUUAAUGUUUUAUAUCCAGACACUUGAGAGCUAGCUCACAUUUAAACUGUAGCUCCUAGAGAACAUUAUCAUGCUCCGACCAGUUGGAGGAUAAUCCGAUCAGCUUCGGUUUUAAUCCGACCUCUGGUCCGACCAUACCAAGCAUGGCGCUAUAUUAACAACAUGUUUGAGUUAAUUUCAGUUUAGUUAUGUCAUAUUUUUAUAUCAGUUCUCAAUAAAACUAGUUWUGUUAUUCAAGA